AUGACCCCCGAGCUCCUCUUACCGGUUGACCCGAGGCUGAACCAUUUGCUUCCCGACCCGGAUUACUGCACGCUGGAGAGCCUCUAUGACCCUCCCUCGGCGCCGCUCUCCGUGCCGACACCACUGCCGGCGUCGAGCGACGACAUGUGGGCGCUCUCAGGCCUGGAGCUUAUGCACCACUUCACCAUCAGCACGGCCCACACUCUGAGCUUUCGCUCGGAUGUGCGCCACAUUUGGCGCUGCCGGUUCCCGCAGAUCGGAUACGACCACCCUUUCGUCAUGCACGGCCUGCUGUCCCUGGCCGCGCUUCACAAGGCAGCCCUGCCGAGUGGAUCUCCGGGGCAGCGGGAGCAGUACCUCGACCUCGCGGCCUACCACCAGGGUCUUGGCAUGGCGACCUUCAUGGCUGGUAUCGCGAACAUCAAUGCCGGGAACUGGAAGCCGCUCAUGUGCUUCUCGUCUUGUGUUCUGAUCUAUGUGUGCUUUCGUCCCUCGCAUACCGUCGCAGGGUUGACGGCCGGGUCGUCAGAAGCCGUCAACAUCUUCGAAGUGUUCGCCUUUGUGCGCGGCCAUCGAGCCGUUCUCGAGCGCUACCAGUCGACUCUGAAAAAUUCGUAUCUUGCCCCUCUUUUUCAUAGCAUAUGGAGACCCGACGAUGAGAGCGAGGUCAUUUGGGAAGAGCCGGCGGAAGGGUCUCUGGUCCCAGAAGACGUCUUUCGGGCGCUGGACAAGCUGUCCGAGUUCCUGGAGCAACAUGUUCCGCCGCAAUCUCAGGAGGCGUACACUUUGGCCGUGCAGGCUCUCCAGCGACUUAUGGUUUUCGUGAAGAAUGCGGGUCCCGAUCCUGAAUUCGGUAUGCUCAUCAUGUUUGCCUAUGUCGUCCCCGACACGGUCGUGGGGGACAUACAAAGUUUUGACCCGAACGCCUUGGCUCUUCUUGCGUAUUUCUCCGUGUUUUGGAAGAUGAUGGAGCCGAGGUUCUGGUUUAUGAAGGGGUGGUCGCAUGACUUAUUCGAAUUGAUCGACCAGCAGGUUGCCGGCAAUGAGGAGAUGGAGGACAUCAUUGACUGGCCCAGACGACAGGUUCAGUGGUUUGAGGAAAGGAAUUCUCCGUGGGCUAGCCAGGAGUCUGCCUAUCUGUAG